AUGGAAGCCAAGCCGAAAUACCUGGGAGUCACCCUGGACCCAAAAAUGGGUUUGUCCGACCAUGUGAGAACAGUGCGAGAGCAAGAGUCAGAGAGCCUUAAGGUAGUCAAGCGGUUAGCCACGACCAAGUGGGGGGCCAAAGCGAACGUGUUACGGGCCCUCUACAUUGGAGCGGUAAGGUCGAGGAUGGAGUACUCGUCUCUUGCACAAGUCUAUGCCUCACAAACGUCUCUAGCGGGGCUGGACUCAGUGCAGAACCAAGCAAUUAGACUCAUUUGUGGUGCAUUUCGUACGACGCCAACUGCGGCAUGUGAGGUCAUGACAAAUCUCCCACCACUGAGAUUACGAAGGGAGCGAGCCGUUAUGAUCGCUUAUGAAAAAUUCAAACGGCUAGAAGAAGGCUGCCCAGUCAGGAGUCUGGUCGACAAUUGGCAGGGUGGAAAUCGGCUGAAGCGGAACUCUUUCAUGCACUUGGUGCGGGAAUUGUCCAAAGAAGUCGAUUUACCCCAGAACAGAGCAGCUCUCGCUCUGCAAGGGGCUUCUUCUCCGGCGAAUGCUCCUGGAGUCCCAGAGGUGAGGAAAUCGCUGAUUGACCCAGAUGUUAACAAGAAAUGCACAAAAACUGUCCUACGAAACACUGCCAGGAAAACUGUCGCCCAGUACCCAGCUGAUUCCAUUAAAGUGUACACAGAUGGUUCCACGAGAGAGAACCUCGGACAAAAAACCUCUGGGUAUGGUGUGGUAGUUCGAUUCCCUGGCUCGACCGAGAACGAUGAGAUUCUAGGUGCGCGUUCUGGUAGGAGUAAUUACGUAGCUGAAAUGGUUGCAAUUCAAAAUGCAGUAGAGUACAUUGAAGAACGACUUAACGAGAAAACAGCACAACCCAGUCCUAUUGUGCUAUUUACAGACUCUCUGUCGAGCCUACAAGCCAUUGAAAGCCCUGCAGAUACGCUCCCGGAACCACUGGCAAAAACACUGGCGUGCGUGGGACGCCUCCAAGAAAAACACAAAAUUCGGACGACAUUCCAAUACGUACCUGGACAUGUGGAUGUGGAAGGUAAUGUGAAGGCUGACUUAUUAGCCAAGCUCGGCACAAAACUGGACCCUGUGGACGAGCCACAGACUUUUGAGCAGGCGCGUGCGAUAGUAGAUGAAUGGGCAAGAGAUAAAUGGUGCAAAAGCUGGGAGACUGGUAAUACGGGAAGGGAAGUCUGGCAAAACUUAAAAGGGCCCUCAAAAUCGGACUAA